GAACUGCUGCGUAAGCACAUCCCUUUCAUACAGGUCGAGUCGAAUGUGGGCUCGGAGUUGUCCUAUUUGCUGCAGGAGGAACAUGCCCGGGGAUUCCAGAUGCUGCUCGAGGAUCUCGAGGACUAUGGCGAGGAGCUAAAGAUCGGAGACUUUGGCAUUUCGCUCACCACGCUAGAGGAAGUGUUCAUGAAGGUGGGCUCGGAUAGCUCGCACACUACCACCGGACCGCAGCCCGACGAGGCCAGCCUACAUAGUAUGCAGUCGUGCAGUACCGGUACGGACGUGGAAUCGCAAUCCACAAUUGAUGAUUACGAACUGCACGAAGGUUUUAAGCUGUUCCGCUACCAGCUGUGGGCCCUGUUUCUGAAGAAGAUCUACCAAACGUAUCGCAAUUGGUUCCUGUUGGUCGUGCAGAUUCUAAUUCCGGUGCUGUUUGUUGCGGUCACGAUUGCCGUCGUGCGGAAUUGGGGCGGCUCGGGCAAUAUGCCGCCAUUGACGAUCAACUUGCGCAACUUCAAUCCCUCCACGACACUCAUCCAGCGUGAUGUCGAGGGUGAAAUGGGUUCGACGGAAGAAGUCGUACUACGUAAUUACAUGAACCUGUUUCGCCAGAUACCAAACGGUGUCCUGACGACGUUCGUCGAAUGGAUGGAGGAUACUUUCCUGUACUUUAUCGAACAACGAGGUCUGCUGUUCGCCAACCGCCAGGUGAUCAUCGGUGCCGGUAUUACGACGGACAAUCUGACGGCCUGGUUUAACAAUGAGGCACUCCAUUCGCCAACGGUAUCGCUGAUGAUGAUGCACAAUGCACUGUUGCGUACCUUUAUGAACUCAUCCAAUGCCAGUAUCUCGCUGAUGAACCAUCCGCUCCCGUACACCGAUGAGACGCGGCUUCAACUAAUGCGCACCUUCAACAAUUUGGGCUUCCAACUGGCUUACUACACCGGGUUCGCGAUGUCCUUCGUGGUUGGCUUCUUCGUCAUCUUCUACAUUCGUGAGCGUGUGACAAAAGCGAAAUUGCUGCAGCUGGUGAGCGGAGUGCACCGGUUAACGUACUGGUUCACCGGGUUUAUUUGGGACUACCUGACGUAUGCCUUCGUUUGCCUGUUUAUCAUCACCACGGUAGCGAUUUUCCAGGAGCCCGGAUUUAGCACCGCCGGUGAGAUCUUCCGACUGUACUCUGUCUUCCUGUUCGUCGGUGUACCGGCACUUCCACUAACCUACAUUGUCACGCUGUACUACAACGUGGCACCGGCGGCUUUCAUAAGAAUUAGCGUCGCUUACAUCGUCACUGGAACGGCGCUGUUCAUUUUCGUGUAUCUGUUGGGUACGGAUAUGUUUGACCUGGAGGAAUUGUCUGAUAUACUCUCGAACGUGUUCCUCAUCUUCCCGCACUUUGUGCUGUGCGAUGCAAUCGUCAAUCUGAGCCACAUGUCGGUGACGAUGGACACGUGCAAUGCUGUUCGGCCACCGGGUAUUCAACCGCUACCGAUCUGCGAAGAAAAACUGUAUUACUAUCAGUGGGAUCGGCCCGGUAUAGGACGCCAUCUGCUGUACAGUCUCGUGAUGACGGUCGUCUACUUUGUGCUACUGUUCCUGCUCGACUUCAAGGUGUUGAAGCGGAUUGUGCAGAAGCUGCGCGAGUGGUACCAUCGGAAGCAUUUCCAGGCGGAGGUAGCAGCGAACGCUACCAAAGAGGCUACCGAGUUGGAUUCGGAUGUGCGAAAGGAGAAGGAAAGGAUCGGUACGAUGGCGCAAGAGGAGCGCUACCGUACCAAUCUCGUCGUGCAGGGAAUGACGAAGUACUAUGGUCGUUUCAUGGCUGUUAAUCAGCUCAGUCUGGGUAUUAAUAGCAAUGAAUGCUUUGGGUUGCUGGGAGCUAAUGGUGCUGGCAAGACGACCACCUUCAAGAUGCUGUCCGGCGACGAAUCGAUAUCGUUUGGUGAUGCCUGGAUCAGGGGCUACAGUCUGAAGAGUGAACUCAAGAAGGUACACCAGCACAUCGGCUACUGCCCGCAGUUUGAUGCGUUGAUCGAGGAUCUUACAGGUCGCGAAACGCUCAAGCUGUUCUCGUUACUGCGCGGUGUUCCCCGGGCAAACAUCCCUUUGGUAAGCCUCUAUUUGGCACGUGAAUUUGGCUUUGAGAAGCACCUCGACAAACAAGUGAAGGCGUACAGUGGGGGCAACAAGCGUAAGCUCAGUACGGCUCUAGCUAUGCUCGGUAACCCGUCGGUGGUUUAUCUGGACGAACCGACAUCCGGUAUGGAUCCGGGUGCGAAGCGGAACCUCUGGAACGGUGUCUGCCGUGUGCGUGACAGUGGCAAAACGAUCGUGCUCACCUCGCAUAGCAUGGAGGAGUGUGAAGCGCUCUGUACACGGCUAGCCAUCAUGGUGAAUGGGGAGUUCAAGUGCCUCGGUUCGACCCAGCAUCUGAAGAACAAGUUCUCGCAAGGUUUUGUCCUGACAAUCAAGGCGAAGCGAUCGGAUUCGUCAGAAAAAGCCAAAGAUAAUGACAUGAUCGAUCUGCAGAACAUUAAGGAUCACAUUGCAACACAGUUCCCCGACUCUACUCUGAAGGAGGAAUACCAAGACCUGCUGACGUACUACAUACGCGCUGCUAACAUGAAAUGGUCCCAGAUUUUCGGCAUCAUGGAACGGGCAAAGCAAUGGCUCAACAUCGAGGACUACUCCAUCGGCCAGACCAGCCUGGAGCAGGUGUUUCUUGCAUUUACGAAAUACCAACGGGAAUAGAAGAGCAGAAACCAGUGAUCACCUAAAUCGUGUGCUCGAAUCGUUAAGCCAAAUCUUAAUAUUAUUUAUUGUUACCAAACUGACGGAAUCCCCUGAGUAUCAACCUCUAAAGAGAGGUUACGACAAAGGACGACGUGCCGUAUAC